UCAAGUGAUGAACGUCUACUGUCAGAUGUCGUCAGUCUCAGGUUGUUUUGGUGGUGGGUGGACGAUGGUGAUGAAAAUUGAUGGAAGCCAGAGUACUUUCAGAUACAGUUCCAGUUAUUGGACGAACAAGAACACUUUCAAUGACAAUGACGAUGGAAAAAACGGAGGUUUUGACAACCUAGAAUUCAAAGGAUCAACAUUUUGGAAAACUUCAUUCGAUGAAAUUUGUGUCGCGAUGAAAUAUGGUGGUCGACUCAGAGCCUUCUCUUUCUCACAUCCAGCAUCGUCCUUGUAUGAUCUGAUCGCUGACGGCAAUUAUCGUCAAACUCAAGUUGGCCGCUCUCAAUGGAAACAGCUCAUCCAAGGAUCAUCUUUACAGCGUAAUUGCAACAGAGAGGGAUUUAAUGUUAACCUCAGACCUGACCACCACGCAAGAAUUAGGUUGGGCAUCGUUGGAAACGAGCAGAAUGAUUGUAAGACACCUGACUCAUUCGUGGGUCUGGGGGUGAAGGCGGUACUUCGUAUGGAAUAA